AGGGCCGAGUGAAGUUUGCAAUCAAUGCUGAAUGUGUAAACAUAGCGAUCGACGCACUUUGAACUUCAACUUUGACAAGGAUUGAUAAAAGGUCUUGUACAUAUGACCGACGUAUUCAGCAUCGCUCGGAUAUUACGGGCUAUCAUUGAUGUAGUUUGCAACAUGGUUGUGUUGAAGUUGGUGUCUUACUUGUUCCUCGGCGUUUUCCUAAGUUACGGACUAGGGUGGCCAUGCACACUUACAACAGUCGCAGUUUUCCUUGUGUACGCUGCCACUGGUGGCUGGAGGUUUAUCAGGGUCGUCAUCAAAACUGCUCCUAGGGAUCUACGAGCACUGCGAGUACUGUUGACCCUGAAAUGGAGUGUGAAGAAAUACAACCGCAUUGGACACAGUAUCCCGAAACUCUUCCAAGAAACGGUGAAGAAAUACCCCAAAAAGAUCUGUUUCAUUUUUGAGGACAAGAAUUGGACUUUUCAGGAAGUCGAUCUUCUUACCAAUGCAAUUGCCAACUUCUUUAACGAGUCUGGCAUACGGCAAGGUCAUGUGGUCGCCCUGGUGAUGGAGAACCGCCCUGACCUGGUGUUCUACUGGAUGGGGCUGGCAAAGAUAGGGGCCAUAGGGGCUCUGAUCAACUUCAACCUGAGGGAGAAGUCCCUGCUGCACUGUGUACAGGCUGCACAGGCGCAAUGUGUGGUCUUCUCUGAGGAGAUGGCGUCAGCCGUUGCUGACAUAUCCAGGGAUUUUCCCAAGUCCUGCAACCUGUAUUACAUGGGGAGUGGGCAGUGCCCAGUGGUCGGUGCAGUCAGUCUGGAUCCCCUGCUGGAGAAGAGUCCAACCUACACCCCACCUGCGCCUAUAACCAAGUUUACAGACCGCGUGUUUUAUGUGUACACAUCUGGAACAACAGGACUACCUAAGGCUGCCAUCAUUUCUCACUCCAGGUUCUACUACAUGGCCAGUGCUGUGCACAUGAUGCUGGGACUAACUGAUCAAGACAUACUAUACGACCCUUUACCCCUGUAUCACACAGCAGGGGGCAUUAUUGGUAUGGGGCAGGCAUUUCUAUGGGGGACCACUGUGGUCAUCAAGAAGAAAUUCUCAGCUAGUGGAUUCUGGGAUGACUGUUUGAAAUAUAACUGUACAGCAGCACAAUACAUUGGUGAAAUAUGUCGUUACUUGAUGGCUCAGCCAUUCCGAACAACCGAGAAUCAGCAUCGCGUUCGAGUCAUGUUUGGGAAUGGGCUUCAGCCAGGAUUGUGGCGUGAUUUCCAGACGAGAUUUGGCGUGAAAUUGAUUGGCGAGUUUUAUGGUGCCACUGAAGGAAAUUGUAAUAUCAUCAAUAUUGACAACACCAUUGGGGCCUGUGGUUUCACCUCCAUGAUUGCUCCAUUCAUGUACCCAGUGACCUUGAUAAAAGUCGACGAGGACAAUAAUAUCACGAGGGACAGAAAUGGAGUCUGUGUGCGGGCAAAACCAGGUGAACCCGGAGAGUUGGUGGGAAAGAUAGUUGCAGGUGACCCCCUGAGACAGUUUGAUGGCUAUGUGAGCAAGGAAGCCACUGAUAAGAAGGUGGCCAUGAAUGUGUUUAAGAAGGGAGACAUGGCCUUCCUUACUGGUGAUGUAUUGAUCAUGGAUGAGUAUGGUUACAUGACAUUCAGAGACCGCACAGGAGACACCUUCCGGUGGCGCGGUGAGAACGUCUCUACGUUUGAGGUGGAGACCACCAUCAGCAAGAUCAUCGGGCUGAGUGAUGCUGUCGUCUACGGAGUGGAAGUGACAGGUGCUGAAGGUCGUGCAGGUAUGGUGGCCAUAGUAGAACCAGAACACAAAUCAAUUGUGUACAACUGUGCAAAGCAUUACAAGAAAAACUCCCACCAUAUUCAAGACCCUUGUGUAUUCGCCUUAUGGAAAAGGCUGCAGACACCACUGGUUCACAAAAGCUAAAUAAGACAACCCUUCAAGCAGAAGGCUUUAACCCACACAAAACUGAGGAUCGACUAUUUUACAUGAAUAACAAAACAGGCCAAUAUGAACCUUUAACUCUAGAUAUUUACAGCGAUAUGUGUAAGCAAAAGAUCAGGUUUUGAAAUAUUAAGUUGUGAGCUUUUAACAGGGAUUUUUUUAAUCUUUUUUUGUAUGUUUGCCAUAGAAGAGGCUUCAUGAUUGAGCUCUUCAUGUGUGAGGCAAAAUAAAAUUGUUUGUAUUUUUUUCUUAAAUGGUUAAAAUAUUUUUGUUAAGUUAUAGUAACCAUAAUCAUGUCAUGCAUUGUAGCCUAAUAAACAAAGCAAACAUUAAAGUCAUCGCUCUGUUAACUAGUUAUCUUCAUUAAAUGGAACACUGUUUUAUCAUUUUAAACAUGCCGCACAAGCUUAUGGUUUAAAUACGUAUGUUUUAUGGGCAGUUUCUCCCUGCACAACACUUUCACAUUUUAAUUGUUAUUUUGAGGUUUUUACAAUCGUAAUGUUCUAUUUGUGAACUCAAUGAUGACCUGCAAAUAGAUACGAUAUACUUCAUGCUGGUUUAAUAAAGUUAGUUAUAAUCGGCCUUUUCAUUGUACAUGUACAUGUAAAAAGCACACACAUUAUUUCAUAAUUACAUUUGUUUUGUUUGAUUAAUUCAAUAGAGUACUUUGUAGACAUUCAUUAAUCGUCCAUGGAGUUUGUUUAUUUAACAAUGCAACCGAAACGCGUACGUUUAUAUUACUUUAUUUGUAUUAUCGUAAUGUUACUGUAUUUGAGUUUUGUUUGUAAUUCCGUGGGUAACAUUAAAUAUUUAUAGUCAACAGUUAAUCGAACUCUGGUAACAUGUAGGGGUGCAAAAAUAUUCCAAUAUAUUGUAUUGUUUUUUUGUUGUCCCCUACCGGUUUCACCGGAGGGGACUUAUGGUUUGCGCUUUGUGAGUCUGUUACGAUUGAACCCAUUUCUAUGUUAUUUUAUGUUUAUUUUCGGGCCUCAUUUGUAUAGAACUUUACAUUUGUCAAGUUAUGCAAGUUUUCAGAAUUUUCUGUUUGUCGGUUAUUAUCCCCCGCCAGAGGCGGAGGGAUAUUGUUUUAGCGUUGUCCGUCCGUCCGGCACUUUUGUGUCCGGAGCCAUAUCUUUGGCGGAUUUCAUUGAAACUUGUUAUGAGUAUAUAUAUGCAUAAGAGGAUGAUGCACGCCAAAUGGAAUUGUACACCAUCUGUUAAAAACAGAGUUAUGGCCCUUUGUAUCUUGAAAGAAUGCUUUUACUAUAGGCUCUUUUGUGUCCGGAGCCAUAUCUUGGAAGUGCUUUGGCGGAUUUCAUUGAAACUUGGUAUGAGUAUAUAUAUGGAUAAUAGAAUGAUGCACGCCAAAUGGCAUUGUACACCAUCUGAUAAUAACAUAGUUAUGACCCUUUGUAUCUUGAAAAAAUGCUUUGUGUGUGUCCAGAGCCAUAUUUUGAAAGUGCUUUGGCAGAUUUCAUUUAAAUUUGGUAUGAGUGUCCAGAAGCAUAUUGGCGGGGGAUAUCAAUUCAACGAAUUUGCUUGUUAAUUAUAUUUUGGUGUUCAGAAUGUUGGACCUUUUUUGCAAUUUAAAUCAUAAUAUACGUAUAUAACGAAACCAAAACCCGGUUACGAUUCAGAUACCUCCGCAUGUCCUUCCGACAUUCAAUACAUGCGAAUGAUUGAGAGGAAUUCUUUAAGCGCAAAUGAGUCUCUACAUUAAAAUGAAACUGAUGUAACAGCUACCUACGGAAUACCGUUAAUGCCAUCGUGGUUACACAUUAAAAUCCAGAGGGCGAGAACGCGAUAGUACGAUGACGAGAGUGCGACAAUACGAUGACAACAGUGCGACAAUAUGAUGGCGAGAACGCGAUGGCGAGAGUGCUAGAACGCGAGAGUACUAUGGCGAGAAUGCGACAAUACGAUGACGACCGCGCGACAAUACGAUGGCGAGAACGUGAUGGCGAGAAUGCAAUAAUACGAUGGCGACAGUAAUAUAUGACUAUCGCAUUGUCGCAAUCUUACUAUUGCUCUGUCGCCAUCGUAUUGUCGUUAUCGUACUAUCGCGUUCUCGCAUUACCGCCAUCGCAUUCUCGCAAUCGUAUUGUCGCACUGUCUUCAUCGUAUUGUCGCAUUCUCGUCAUCGUACUCUCGCGUUCUUGCAUUCUCGCCCUCUGGGUUUUAAUGUGUAACCUCGAUGACAUUAACGGUUUUCCGCAGCUACCUCUAUGCAUUUCAAGUUUAGAAUUGAAAAUGUUUUGAAGCUCGGACUUGAUAAUGCUAACAUUGUGUUGCAAAAUAAAGAAUAAGACAACAUA